UGUCAAAUCUGGUCACAUCUUGUCUGCAAAACGCGUCGGCUUUGGCUGUAUUAUUUGGUAAAAUUGUGUGAAAAAAGAAAAACAAUAAGAUACAAUUACAAAUCGUUAUUGCAAUCAGCUUAAUUCCUGCCCCGUCAAGAUGGUUAAGCUAACGCCGGAGUUAAUAAACCAGUCCAUGCAAUACAUUAAUCCAUGCCGUGAGCGUGAACUGGAUUUGCGCGGCUACAAGAUUCCACAAAUCGAAAAUUUGGGUGCUACUCUAGACCAGUUUGACACAAUUGAUUUGUCGGACAACGAUUUGCGUAAACUAGACAAUCUGCCACAUUUACCGCGGCUCAAGUGCCUGCUGCUAAACAACAAUCGCAUCUUGCGCAUCAGCGAUGGCCUCGAAGAAGUCGCGCCGAAUCUUAACUCCCUCAUACUGACUGGAAACAAUUUGCAGGAACUAAGCGAUUUGGAGCCACUGACGGGAUUCAAAAAGCUCGAGACGAUAUGUCUCCUAAUUAAUCCGGUGUCGACGAAACCUAAUUACCGCGAGUAUAUGGCAUUUAAGUUUCCACAGUUGCGUUUGCUAGAUUUCCGAAAGAUCAAGCAAAAAGAUCGACAGGCGGCACAGGAAUUUUUCCGGUCUAAACAGGGCAAGGAAAUGCUUAAAGAGGUGUCAAAGAAAUCUAAAUUAAGCGCCGCUGCGGCCCUCGCAGCAGAGGCAGCGAAUGGCAAAGGAGGGACAGAAGGCGGCAGCCGGUUUGCCAAUCCCGAGGAUAUGCAGCGGAUACGCGAGGCAAUUAAACGCGCCAGUUCGUUGGCGGAAGUGGAACGUUUGUCACAGAUCCUGCAGAGCGGCCAACUGCCCAGUAAAUUUCAACAUGAACUAGCUCAAAAUGGACAUGGCAAUGGAAAUGGCAACGGAGAUACCAACCCGCCGUCAGUGGCCAUGGAUUACUAGUAGUUUGAUCUCGCAGGUCAAAUUUAAACGUAGAACAAUAUGUUAAUAAAAAACAAACAAAAACUCAAUGUAUUUUCUGAAUUUUCUUUAUAGAACUCGUCCUUCGUUUUCAACAGGUUGCUGAUUUGCAAUUUUUCACAGAAAAAUCACAUGCUCAAAUACAACCAGUGAAAAUAAAAUGUAAAUAUUUGAAAUGAAAUGCAAACAUCGAUUCGGUACUAAUCAAAAAUAAUUGGCUACAAAUUUAACACUCUACUCGUUAUACGGACAAAAUAUGGGGUGUGUGUGUUAUGCUUUGGCGCUGCAAACAAACUGUUGCGGGAAUAGCAUUUUGGACUCUUGGAAUUAUAAAAUAAUUGCUUUUUCUCAAUGCAGUGCGCGUAUGCGCGCAAUCUCUGAAUUUGUUAGUAUUAUGUGGGUUUGGCCGCCAUUAUGGAAUCGUAGUGCAGGCCGGUGUAAAAGAUGAU